AUACUAAUAUUAGAAUUAGACAAAUAAGUUUAUUUGAAAAUAAAUAAGUAGUAAAUAAAUUAUCAUCGUGUUGCGCAGAAAUUAACGAACAUAGGCGUGCAUAAUGACGCGUGGCAAUCAGCGAGAUCUUGCGCGUGCUAAAAAUCAGAAAAAAUUAGCCGAGCAGACUAAGGGAAAGCGAUCUGACAGUCUUACUGUGGAGCAACGAAAAGCCAGGGAUGCUGAGCUUAUGCGCGAAAAGCAGAAGAAAAAAGAAGAGGACGCAGCAGCUGCUGCUUGCAAAGACAAAUAGAUGAUUUACGUGAUUACAUAUGUGUACAUUGCAGUUCUUAAGUACAUGCAUAACCAGCAAUCGCCGUAGCUACGCGUAGGUCUCGUACAAUUUUUGUUAGACAUAUUUACAAAGCAGCAAAUAUGAGUUUCGGUUGUCGACGUUCGAAUGUCUGCAUAUCAGAGUUAGUUCUACCAUGCAAAGAAUAAUCUAAUUUAUAGAAUAGGCGACAAAUGUAAGAUCAUCGUAUACCGAAACAGAUACGACAUGAAAGCACGUAUACAAUUAAAGGCCCUUUUUUUUCUCUAAA